GAGAAAACAUAUAAGCCAUCUGCUUGGAAAAUGAAACUCGUAGUUUUUGAUUGUGUUAAAUCAUCAUCUUAUCAGCCCUUGUAUGUUGUCCUGAAAAGUGGAAUUCCAAAGUACCUGUUAACACAAUAUUGUGGAACUAAGUUAAACAUAGAGAAGUAGUGGAAAAAAAACAGAAGCAAAUACUUGCUCCUUGUAUUGGGCUUAUGCCUGGAUCUUAUUUUGCCGGUGUAACGUAACAGUAUAAACACGCUGGUCGUUCAUAGCAACAGUAACUAUGUGCAAGAGUUGCCACAGGAAACUUUCACGGCUGGUGGAAAAUAGCCGGUUAUAGGAGCAUAACUAAGUGGGGAAACAAAGGGAUGGGAAACAGGUAAAAGAAGUACAGAAACAGAAGUAAGAAACCUGGCAUUUAAGGAUUCAAUGCAGAAAAAGGAGAAGGGGGACAGACUAGCUCAUACACAUGUCCCUGAGCUUUCCAGAAGGCAUCCAUUAAUACCCAAGCAUUAUGUAAUGCCGUGGAAACACGAUAUGGUCAACAGGAAGCUAAUAUUAAAGCAUGCAGGUCUGGCCGAGGUAUAUAAAGGUCCCCAUGAAGACACUCUGUUUCUAGAAAAUAAAGAGAGGCUGUGUCAUGGAGAGGAGCGCAACAUCAUUACACAGAAAAUGAAACUCCCAUCGCAAAAGCAGAUUACAACUCUUACUUUACACUCUCCUCUGUCGAAGUAUCAAGGAUACCUGAUCAAGCAGAAAAGCAGACAGCGCAGUAUUGCUCAAGAUGCACCCGGCCACAGCUCCACCACUGAACAGUUUAGAAGCACAUGAUGGAUUAACAAUAUGUAAUCCGAUUAGUAAAUGCACUGUGCAAAUAAAUGCUAAUAAUAUUGA